AACUCCAAGUACUGCGCAGCAUAUAAAGUACUAUUCAACAGUACAGGAAAGUAGCCUGCAGAUCUUCCUUUUUUUAUUUUCCCGGGUAGCACAAAAUACAAUCUCUUGUUCUCCCAAGAUGUCUGAUGUACUCGCCGAGGAGACGCUUAUGAAUUUGUUGAACAUGAGUUUGGAGGAGUCCUUCUGUCAGAAACCAAUUAAGCAAAUGGCACUUCGUCGCAACCUGUCGACCUCCACACAACCCUCCGCGACACACUACAGGACCGACGCCUUCAGCUCCGAGCAGCUGAGCGACAUCGAAGGCUGGCCGGUAGACAGUCUGUGGAGUAAAACCUCGCCGACUCGGGGCUUGAACACUUUCAGGUCCGAUCGCUCCAUGAGCCUGACGGAGGGCAGUAUCCAGGGUUUGGGCAGAACCAGGACCCCCGAGGUACCCCCUCCGCCUGGCUUUCCUCCUCUCAACGCCUCGGCGCUCUCCAGCCGCUACAAGACCGAGCUGUGUCGCAGCUACCAGGAGAACAGGACCUGCAAAUACGGCAACAAGUGCCAGUUCGCCCACGGAGAGGCAGAACUCCGUGGCCAGUACCGCCACCCCAAGUACAAAACGGAGGCUUGCCGCACCUUCUACAAUUUCGGGUACUGCCCUUACGGAUCGCGCUGUCACUUUAUCCACGAGGAGAAGCCGUACUCCGCCGCUUUGCAGCAGGGGUCCCCGGCCCCCGACGGUCAGCAGCCGCGCCUGUUCCGCCAAAGUGUCAGCUUCGGCGGUUUCCCCGGCUCCAGGAGCUCCCCUCCCCCGACUCUGCAGGACCCCCUGGGCUUCACCCGGGCGCCCUCUGUAUCCCCGCCUCCAGCCGACCUGCUGUCGCCGGUCUUCAGCGAAGCCGGUGGCCCGUCCUUGAAGAGCGCCUUCCAGUUCUGCCAGAGCCGCCCGAGCCUGAGCGACAUCCACGGCAUCCCCCACAUCGUGGAGCCCCAGAAGUCCGCGUGCUGCGUGUGCGGACACAGCAGCGGCUUCCAGGCCGCCGUGGGCAAAGCCAACGCCAAGGAAGACCAGAACAGCCCUUACAUCACGCUGCCCAACCUUCAGCGCUUCUCCUCUGAAGACUCGCUUUCGGACCGGGAAAGUUACAGUAGCUCCGGCAGCAUGAGCGGUUCGGAGUCGCCCACUUUCGACAGCAUCGGGUCCAAGCGGCUCUCGGUGUUUGCUCGCAUGUCCCUUUCCGACUAAAACGCACAAGUUUAAAAAAAAAAAAAAUCCCCAAGAGACAUUUCCAGUAUCUAAUCUAAACGAACCUUGGAGAUACUAUUUUUAAGAUACAUUAAAAAUUAGAAUAUGAUGCGCAGAAACACUUUAUUUAUAUUUAUAAUUAUUUUUGCUCAGUGAAUAUUUGGUACACAUUCUUACUGCAAACCAAAGCUCUAUUUUUAUAAUUAUAUAUUAUCUUUUCUAUCAAAGUGGUCUUCCAUUAAAAUGCCUUAUUUAAAUGCAUAUCUUAUUAAAUCAACACAGCGUUCACAAGUUGUUACUGACCAUAAAGCUGUUAGGGCGGUUUUUAAUUCAAGAAAUACCUCUGUUCUUUCAUAUUCUUUCCAGAGCUUAUCAAACAGAGUCAGGGUUCCAGUUUUUCUAACCUGUUUUUACACGCUUUCUGUGUAAAAAAAAAAAAACACUUUUUUUUUCUUUCCUGUAAAUUUAAUAUCAGUAUUUUUAAGAUAUGAAACCAUUAAUGUGACAAACUUGAAAGAAAAUAUCCACUAUUUUCUGCACUUUAAAAUUCAUUAUUGGGAGUUUCUCUGCAUGUAGCAUUUUAACAAAGCUUUAUAUUUUUUUACCGAAUAAGCAAUAUGUUCCACGUGAGUCUGUCUGUGUGUGUAUAUAUAUACACACACAGACAUAGGAACAAGACCAACCUCUGAUUAAUAUGUGCCAUUUAUAGUCCUAAAGAUGACAAUUACAAAACUUAUGCAUUGACAUAUACUUAGAAUGUUUAAGUUACUGUUUCUGCUUGUAAUGCUUUUUCUCAUGUAUUGAAUCAUUUUAUGGCCAAUGUAAGGAGAUGCAAUAAUGUCAACUUUGGUGUGUUAGAGGCAUAUAUAUAUAUAUUUUGAAGCUACAGGUUUGUGUUGUAUAAUGUGUGACAACUCUGCCAGGGACUUCAUACUAGAGUUGGCUCAUUCAUUGCCAGGGAAAACAGUUAGAACAAUGCAGUACUUCCUUAUAAUUGUUUGUUUGUUUGUUCUAUGUAUGUGUUAAAAUUGCGAACUAAUAUUUAUUAUACUUAUUUAUUGAAAAAAAUUACAUUUUUAUUUUUACUUAUUUAUCAAACAAUAAAACUGUUUGGACUCACUAUGUGUGAUACAAAUUUUGCUACUGGAAGUGAUUUUUUUUAAAAAUUAUGUAAUAAUAAAACAGUAAAUGCUCAAAGCUGA